CUUUCGCGAAUCAGUUACUGGGCAAGUGCGUAUGAUGCCAUCCUCCUUGUCGAACACCACCAUUUCCGCAAAUGUGACUUCAGCACUUAUAAUCACGCCAUAUGGAAUGUUUUAGGGCGUCUUCCCUGGGGGGCUGCUGCUAUCAUACCUGGAAUACUGUCUUUCGCCCUAAUUAUACCCUGCACGAACCAAGUGUGG